AUGGAGUCUUCAGUUGUAUUUUUGCUCUUGAUUUUCCUCCCCGGGAUUUUUUCCCUGGCGGAGAUUGCUUGUCGAAUAGCCGUGAAGCAGAAUGUCCAGGUGAACUACUUGUACCGAUGUGUCAGUUGUCCAGCGACCUUAGAUCCGGAGUACUCCACUUUGGAACUGGAUUUGUAUCGCUGCAUCGCCAGUCGACUGCCAGUGGUCACACGGAACAUCGAGGCUCACGAAGUGGAGCCACUGCGUCGAACGGACAGCCUGAGCAUCUUUCACAUUCCAGCCGGCGAGAAGGGAAACCCCCUGGUUCGUCGCAUAGUGGACAUGUUGAAUCCCCGACAACCACGCAAACACCUUCAUAAGUAUCUAUUUAUUUGGCCCAAUGCCAAGAAAGAUCAACUACUGACUCUCUUUCGCGGCUGUUGGUCCAAGAAACUUCUCUACGGAUUAGCUUUAACCCGUGAACAAAAUGGCAUCUUUGAUUUUGAUCCCUUUGCCGUGGGAGGUCUUCAGGUGGUGCAGCAUUUGGAAAAGGAUAUUUAUUACCCACACAAGUUAAAGGAUUUGAGGGGUUACCCCUUGCGCUUUUCCAUGUUUAAGGAUCCUUUGACGGCCUUGCCCCAAAUUCCGGUGGAGACAGCAGGCUACAAAAAGGUGGACGGAGUGGCUGCCCAAGUGGCGGCCAGGAUGCUGAAUGCCACCGUGACCUAUGUCCUGCCAGCGGAUAAUGAAUCCUAUGGUCGCUGUUUGCGCGAUGGAAAUUUCACCGGAGUCACUAGAGAUUUGGUGGCUGGCCUCACCCACUUUGGACCGAACUCCCGCUUUGUAUUGGAUUGCAUUUGGCCUGAGGUAGAGGUCCUGUAUCCUCACACGAGAAGGGUGCUCUACCUGGUGGUUCCCGCCUCCGAAAUUCUUCCGGAGUAUUUGAUUUUCGUACGCGUCUUCCGGCGCUCCGUUUGGCACCUUUUGCUUUUCACCCUUUUGGUGGUGGUCUUUAUUUUUUGGCUUAUGCAAAUGCUCCAGAAGAGGAUUCCCCGGCGUGGAGUUACCCAGUUUGAGGCCACCUGGUACGAAAUCCUUGAAAUGUUUGGCAAAACACAUGUGGGUGAACCUGCAGGAAGGCUCUCGUCCUUCAGCUCGAUGCGGACUUUUCUCAUGGGCUGGAUACUCUUUAGCUAUGUCCUGACCACAAUUUAUUUUGCCAAAUUGGAAUCGGGAUUCGUGCGGCCAAGCUAUGAGGCACAAGUGGACCAAGUGGAGGGUCUGGCGCAUCUGGAUGUGCACAUCUAUGCGGUGACCACCAUGUUCGAUGCAGUCAAGCCCGCUCUGUCGGAGCACCAAUUUCAGCUGCUUGAGAACCGAAGUCGCCCUUUGCCUCUGGGAUUAACCACUUCGUAUUACCAUCUGAUAGUCAGUCGAAGGGAUCGCCGGGCAUCCUUUCUAAUGCGAGAUUUUCAUGCCCGUGACUUUCUGGCCCUCACCUUCAAUUCACAGGCGGAUCGCCCCGCCUACCACAUCGUCAAGGAGUACCUGCGGUCCAUGCUGUGCACCUACAUCCUGCCCAGAGGUUCACCCUUUCUGGAACGAUUUGAAUCUUUGUUUUCUGGUUUCCACGAACAUGGAUUCUUCGAGCACUGGCGCCAGAUGGAUCUAAUCACUAGGGAUGGAACCUCGCCGAAUGCCGAGGAAUUUUUGGAGGAUCUAGGCGAUCAGACGGACACAGAUCCAGGAUCCAGUGAGACAGUUAAGCGAAAGAAACGUGUGGUCCUUACUCUGGAUAUCCUACAGGGUGCCUUCUAUCUUUGGUCAGUGGGCAUAGGAAUAAGCUGUAUAGGAUUUAUAAUCGAGCAUUCUCACAAUUUUUGGAUGCAAAGAAGCAUACGAACUUUAGCUGAUAACCCUAAUUCCUUUCCUAAUUCCUUAAUUCCUAAUUCUUAA